ACUAUUUUAUAACACUUUUAAAUACUUGGUUCGACUUAAAACCACGCUGUUUGAUAAUGACCGGCCAAUAAUGAAAAUUUCGUUCUGUAAUAUGCUCGCCCGAUCCCUUCUGUAAAUUAGCACCUGCUUUACAUAAUUUCCAUCUGCUUGCACCUGGGCAUUUUUUCAAAACCCUCAGAGGUUUGUGAAAGUUACAGAAGAAAGACAAUAGCGUGCAAUUACAGAAUGGGCGAUGAAAAAACACUGAAGAGAUAUAGGUUCCCGAUCUUCUCUGCCUCCUGGUCAAAAUAUGAAAAUUCACAGAGCAAAGAAGAAGACCAGGAGAAUAAGAAUGAGAAGAAGAAAGGCCAAGGAAAGUAUAUAAUUAUGUCGGGCGGGGGCGGCGAAGGUCGAACUGGCGUUGAGAAUGGCCUCAUCUUGGCUCGCUACGAUCUGGAAAACGAGGAGCUGUCUGAAUCGAUACAUAAUUAUUACACAGAGGAUGAUUGUGCAUAUAGAAUGGCUGUGCACCCUCUCGAAAAUAGCAUUAUUUGUUCUUUAUCAAAAGGUUGCAGGCAUUUUGAGCUGAAGGAGGAUGAAUCAGCAGCAGGAAAUGUCCAGAUUAAGCGCUCAGACAAAUCGUUGAAACAAUUAGAUAAUGUGGGACAGCAAAAUUCCUUAGUCUUUAGUACAGAUGGGACUUUGCUUGCUACAGGAGGUGAUGAUGGGUACUUGAGGGUUUUUGAGUGGCCAAAUUUAAAAAUCGUGCUCGACCAGCCUGAGGUUCAUAAAUCAAUCAGGGAUCUGGACUUCAGCUCAGAUGGCACUCUUCUCGCAUCCUCGGAAGAUGGCGGGCCUUGUAGAAUUUGGAACCUUAAAACUUCAACUUCAGAAGUCUUAUCAUCAGUGGGCAAGGACGAAAGGAUUGUCUUCAGUAGGUUUUCACGUGAUGAUGCAAAACCAUGGCUUUUCACGGUGAUAAAGCAAGGUGACAAAGGCCUUAUUGCAUAUUGGGAUACACAUACCCGGAAAAAGGUUGGGACUCGAACAUUUGAGAAGGAUCCCAUUACCACCUUCAAUGUUUCAUCCGAUGGAAAGUUUCUUGCAGUUGGAACUUGUGAGGGUGACAUCUCUGUAAUUCAAGUGAGCAAAAUGCGUAUACAUCAGAGAGUUAAAGGAGCCCAUAUAAGCUUUGUUACUUCGCUUGAUUUUUCACAAGAUUCAAGAUUGUUGCUUUCUGCCUCGGGGGUUUCAAGUGCACGGGUGACUAGAAUAGAAGAACAAAAACAAAAAGAUGGAAAUCUACUUUUCCUACUUAUGAGUAUUAUUCUUGCCAUAUUGGCAUUUUUCAUUGUGAAAUACAGAGGAGUUUAGAGAUGAAUGAAGGAUAAACUUUGUCAUACAAGUAUUCUUAGAAACUUGGAUUUUGUCUGAAAACUGCAACCUCACAUUUUUAAACUCAGAAAAGAAAGUUGAUCAAUUUUGUUUUUGGUUUGCAAGGGAUAGAAGAAUGUUAAUGCAAGGCAGAUAUGAUGGUACUUGUAUGUUGUAAAUCGGUAGUAUUGUAUGUGAAUAAUGAUGAGCAGGAUUGAUGGCAUAAACUUUAUAAUGUUUGUGCAUCAUGUAAUAUGCGUUAUCCACAAUUUUCUGUAAAAUUACACUUUUUAAAAUUGGAAAUAUUAAAAAUAUGGAUUUAUGA